GCUCUCCAGCGGAGGGGAGGAGGGGGCAGUGCUCCUGCUGUGUCGAUGGGUAGGCAGUUACAAACGUUACUAUUUUGAGAGAGUCAGUCAGUGUAUAUGCUCCAUGCGCAGUGGAAAGCCAUCGAGGAACCAAACCUGGCAGAGAAAGGCAGAGUCAGCUUGAGAUGCUUUGGAAAAUGAUGCAAAGGAAGUCUCGGACCUGCGGCUGAACCAUACGAGCAUCCAAGGAGAGGGUAGAAUUUAAAAUUAGGAGUUCACUCACCAAUAAACUCUGCAGAACUGAAGCAUACCUUUGUAGAUUUAUCCAGGAACACCGGGCAAAAGACAGACUGAGAGGUGGGGGGGGGGAGAGAAAUGGCAAGUUUUGGGAAACUCACCGACUACUUCAACCGCCGCAAGUCUCGAGAAGAGAUCCGGGUGGGCAGAAGCUCGCGGCGCAGUGGCAGUUACUGCUGCACUGUGGCAGAAGCCAGGUCCCUAGAAAGGAAGCUGCAGAGACCCCUACUGGCGAAGUCUCGCACCCUCCCAAGCAUCCCCCAGUCUCCAACUGUUUCCAGGGUCCACCACUCUGACUUGAUUGGUGGGAGUCCUCCCCGCAGGAAAACACCUCCGUCUCCCACUGGCCAAUCAAAGGCCUGCACUCUGCCUCCUGCAGGAGAGCUGUGGCGUUUGGAGGACGACAUGGAAGGAGAUGAUGAGACUGAGCAGAGUGGCCGCACCGAGGCCCGUCCUCGGUCCCAGUCUCCCUUCUCCCACUUCAGGGCACGAGCUGCCUACCUCCGGAAGAGCAUGUCGGCUGAUGACCACCUGGACAUGGGCCUGGACUACAGCUCAGGGAGAACAGCUGAGGGCAAGUCAAGUCGCAGCAAUAAGGGGAAGCUGAAGAGAAAAUUUAGUCUGGGCUCUGCAGACCGAAAGGAGAACCAGCAGAAAAAGUCAGAGUCUGGGAUCUCCAAAUUUACUCAUCGUCUCUCCCUGAAAGAGCGAGCAGCAAAAGCAGAGAAGACUUCCUCAGACAGACCAUCGUCUUACAGAAGAAGAUCUCUGAGUGUCGACUGGGCUGACUCUGUCAAGGUGACGCAGCCCAUGAGCGGGAACCAGUACCACCAGCCGGCAUCGGCUCGCAAGUCAGCCAGCUUGUCCUCACCAAGCGCAGCUCGCAGACUCUACCGCAACUUGUCUGGAAAGUUCCGCGUGGGCACCAACCCUCCCGCUCUGGAGGAUAACGUGGUGUCAGGGCGGGUAGGGGACAAGGAGAGGCUGCGUAAAACCACCGUAUUUCAGAGCAAUGAGGCUUUGUUUGAGGCGGUGGAACAUCAAGAACUGGACCUUGUCCAGCUGCUUCUGUCCCAGUACAGUCUGGAGGAGCUGGACCUGAACACUCCAAACAGUGAAGGUCUCCUUCCUCUUGAUAUUGCCAUAAUGACCAACAACGUGCCCAUGGCUAAGCUUCUGCUGCGAGCUGGUGCCAAGGAGAGCCCCCACUUUGUGAGCUCGGAAGGCCGAGCGGUGCACUUGGCCACCUUGGUGCAGGAGGCCGAGCAGAGGGUGUCAGAGCUUCAGCCCCAGGUCCAUAGCGAGGGUCCCAGUGAACGGGAAGGAUCCGAGCAGGAAAGGCAACUGAAGGCUUGGGAGUGGCGGCUGCGCCUCUUCAGACGGAUGCAGACGGGCUUUGAGCAUGCUAAUCCUCCAGAUGCUCUCAGUGUUGUUCGUCUGUCUGUCAGCAGCAACACAAGUUUGCAGGUUGACUUUCAAGAGCCUGCCUGUGUCAACUCGGCUGUAGUUACGAAGUAUAAAGUGUCUUGGAGCUCCACACCUUCAUUCAGUCCCAUACUGGGGGAAAUGAUAGUGGAUGAUACAGCGUUACCACAGUGCAACAUCACUGGACUAACUUCUGGAACCUACUACUAUGUGCAGGUUUCAGCCUACAAUAUGAAGGGCUGGGGCCCUCCAAAGGUUUCCACCCCAGCCUGUGCUGCACCAUCCAGCUGGAGAGAUAUCGAUGGCCACCCUCCACGCCAGAGAGGCCAGAAGGAAGCACUCGACCAGCUGCUUGGACAGAUUAAAGAAGCUCAUCGUCACUGUGCCUGCCAUGAGCAAUGCAAAGCUCCAGCACAAGGUAGGAAGCACUCUGUAUCCAAAAGCCUUCGGCACCUCUUCCAACCCACCAGCAAAUUCGUCAAAAGCUUGAAAAGAGGUCUCUAUCUUACCUCCAUAUUCUACAGAGAUGACAAUGUGUUGGUGACUCCAGAAGAUCAGAUUCCUAUUGUGGAGAUAGAAGAUUCAUAUUCCAGCACCCUUAUGCAGGACUUUCUUUGGUUUACCAAGGUGUCAUACUUAUGGGAGGAGAUAUCCUGGCUUCAGCAGUUUCUCAGUGCCUCGCAGUCAUCAUGUUCAUGUACUCUGCAGACCCGUCUAAAGAUGCUGCAGGCAGUCUCCCAGCUACAGGGAAUGCUGGGCACACAGGACCUUGGCCAGGUGUAUUUUGAGCCCAUCAAAGACAAGCAUGGCAAUGCCCUGCUGGUCCUCCUGAAGGACAUGAGCACCUGCCCCAACCUGGAUGGAGUACGCUGGACACAACUUUGUAAACUCCAGCUUCAGCGCAAGUCCAUCUCCUCCCCGGAGGAGCCAACCGCCUUGGACAUGCUACUUAUCACACUUCAUGAGAAGCUGGCUUAUCACAGACGCAGCAGAAAGCUCUUGUCUCCAGGCUUAUACCUGGGCUACCUGAAACUUUGCACAUCGGUGGAACAAAUCAGGGUGCUGGUACCCCAGAAACUCCCCAACGUUCUCUGUCACACCAAAAUACGGGACAACAGCAAUGUGUCCAGAGAGGAGUGGCAGUGGCUGCAGGCUCUCAGCUCUCUGGACGAAGCACUGGAAAUGGACCAGGAUGUGCAGAGUGCACCACAUCGCCUCUUAAAUGACCUGCGCAGUGCCAUCAGAGACCUAAUGGCACAUAUCAAUGUCCCUGGAAACCAGGCUCAGGAUUUCCGGAUCUACAGCCAGGAAGUGUUGGAAUUUGGAGAGAAGGUGUCCUUCGUGCUCCUCCUUCCGCCUUCAGAUGAAGUUUGCACAGCUCCUGGUCAGAAUAAUCCAUACUCCCCUCGCUCUGGCUUCCUCACCCUGCCCCUCCAGAUCUUUGAACUGGUGCACUUUAAUGCAUAUUGGCCCAGUUUCAUUGGGCAGUACUGCAGAGUGUCGGCUCUCCUGGAGCUGGAUUCCCUCAUGUCGCAGCAGGCUCUGCGAGAGGCCUUCUCUGAGGCUGAGCUCCUUGUCGCUAAGAAGAAACACCAACAGGUUCAGGAGCACAUGCAGCAAAUGGAGGAGAUGUGGCGAGAUGCAAGGUGGAUUAUGGAUGCCUUGCAGUAUGCCCGCUACAAGCAGCCAACAGGAGGCAUCUCCAUCAGCUGGAUAAUAGACUUUUCUAAAGAGGUUUUGCCAGACAAGCCUCCCUCCACCUCCUCCCAGCCAGACUUCAUGCCCUCCCCCAUGCCCUCACCAGAACCUUGCUGCAAACACUCAGAUUACCCUGGUCUAUCAGAUGAAGAGGGUUCCUCCGAAGUCUUCCUCACCACUGACAGUGACUACGACUCCAGUCGUGCACAGAGUCCCCGUGAGCUGGACCUGCUCCCUCCCUCACCUUUAUCCUCCACAGCCCCCCUGGAGCCUCGUGGUUUCCUGCGUAGCGAUGGGAGCGGCUCUGGAGGAGUUCUGUGUCCCAGUGGAGAUGGACGUGGAGGAGGAGCUCUAAGAGAUUCUACGCCGGACGUCCUCCAGGCCUCCGAACCUCAGUUUGGGAGGGAAAGUGAGCGAUGUGGAGGAGGAGGCAGAGCAGUUCGUUGUGGUGGAGAAAGGCGGAGGGGACCUCCAGAGCUUUUUGACAGUGACUUCAUCCUGCCUAGCAGACAAAUCGAGCUCCUGCACAUCACAGAGAAGAGGCAGGCAUUCUGUGUCAGAACCAGCAGCCUGGAGUUCCCUUCCACCACAUCAAUCCACAAUCAGCCUUACUCCGACUACUCCCACUACUCUUCACCCUCCACCUCGCCACAGAGUAGAUGGCACCGCCCUUCGUCAGUGGAUCGAUGUCCCGGAGAGCGCUGCGUACUGCAACUUCCACCAGCACGGACGUUGUCAGAGGACAGCGGCACUCAAAAACUCAACUCACCAUCACCUGCUGCAUUCAGGAUAGGCUGUCACGCCACACUCAGAGUCUACCCGCAGUAUCGAACAGGCCUGCCAAAGGAGACGAGUGUUAAGCUUUGUGUAACUUUGGGCACAACGGCUCGGGAGAUGAUCCAGCUGGUGGUCCAGGAGAUGAACACAAUCUCACGGCGCCUGCUGGGCAGCAAUGGAGGUGGUGAGGAGCAGGAGAAAUGUGUUUACUACAGUCCUGAGCAGUUGAAGCACUUUGGACUUGUGCUGGUGGUGGACAACAGAGAGAAGUGGCUUCAGGAUGACUUGUGUCCCCUGGAGCUGCAGAACCCCUGGCUGAGAGGCAAACUCUGCGUUCGCAUUAAAGACUAUUCACCACUCGCACUCAAACACAGCCGGGCCACGACAGUGUGACCCAUCUAUGCUCGUAUCCGGAUUUACAUUUCCUAAACCUGCAAUUAAAUUACAAAAAUCCGUUUUCUUUGUCACUGUAAUAAUACAUAGACUGCAAAUUGUAAUAUAUAUAUUUUUUCCUCCUGAAAUGAACAUUUGUACAAAAUGUGUUUCCCUAUUUAAGAGGUUUUGUCUGUAAACAUCAGACCCUCAUAUGGACACCAAAUGAACACUUUUUUUUUAGUGCUGUCAGAAAUCUUUCAGCAAAAUCUUGUGACACUUAGCAUGGGUAAGAGUCUGUCUGGGACUUUUGGCAUGGCUGACACCAGCACUUUUGGCUGCGAGUGUUUCCAAAAUGACACAGGCUCCGUUAUCGUCACUAUCCUCCCCAGACGCACACAGAAAGGGCUUUUCAUUGAGCUCUCUAUAUGUUCUAAUUCCCAAAGAGCUUUCCCGCCAAGCACCCGGCCUGUUUUAAAGAACAGACUUCUCUCACUGUUUGAGGAAGCAUUGGCCUGUAGACUGUUCACAGACACUCGGUUGGUGUAGCUAAAACAGAUCAUAUCAAACCAGCUAUUUGUCCAAAUAGGG